AUGUUGCUUUUACCCGAAACACAUUGCCUGCAACUCAUACACUCUCCAGUAAACAAAGUCAGCACGUGGUCUCCCUCUCCAAAUUCUGUUACUCCUUGGCCCACACUCUCGACAAUCCUGCAGGCUAGCGGGAAGGAGAAGAAAAUUCACCCUGAUGCCUCAUGGCCGAAGAUUCGAGGGAAAAGUUGGGGUGGUGCCUGCAGAGACAAAAUGGAUGCGGAAAGUGUCAGAAUUCCAAAAACCCAGUUGUUAUCAAUUAGAAAGAAGACGCAUUUCUCUAAGCCAAAAUCGUCUGCUUCUCAGCAAUUGACCGAAAAAGUGCCACAGCUCCUUCUUAGAGGGAGGAACCUGAGAGAGCCAAGCGGAGAGGUCACUGCGGCAAAGAGAAGUGGAGACGACUUGAAUGCGGAUCUCCAUGGGCUGAGGAGGGCUGAGCUCCACCUCUUCAAUCGACAGUGGCUCGCCGGCAGCCCACGCCACCGCCGCCCUGCACUUGAUCACACCGGUCGACGGCAUUCUUUUGCUCCGGUGGUGGUUGCUUGCUUGAGGCCAGAUGUUGUGUACAGUACAACACUCUACUCCAACUACCCAACUAACCCACUCAUAUUUGAAAUGGACGAGGACGUUUUGGUGGUAGGUUACUUGUAUGAUAAUUUAUAUUGUCGACCACGUCUAUGUUAA